AUGGACUACAUCAUUAACAGACUACAUUGUGCCACAGAGAAGAAAGUGGUCUUUUCAGAGUCCCUGGAAGAUUGUCCUCUGGAUGAAGAUGACGAUGCCUUUCAGGCUCUGGGGGAGGAAGAUGAAGAUAUUGAUCAGUUCAAUGAUGACACAUUUGGAGCAGGUGCAGUUGAUGAUGACUGGCAGGAAGCACAUGAACGCCUGGCUGAAUUGGAAGAGAAGCCAGUGGUGGCUGUUGAACAGACAGGCAAUGGAAGCACUGAUGAGAUGGACCUGCUGGGAGACCAUGAAGAAAACCUGGCAGAAAGACUCAGUAAAAUGGUGAUUGACAAUGAACUGGAGGACCCAGCUAUCAUGAAGGCAGUGCAGACCAGGCCUGUUGUGCAGCCCGGAGGUCUCAAUUCCAGCAUUUGGGAUGGCCCUGCAGUUCUGAGACGAAUACGAGGACCACUGCUUGCUCAGGAAAUGCCCACAGUAUCUGUGUUAGAAUAUGCCUUGCCUCAGAGACCCCCACAGGGUCCAGAAGAGGAACGGGACCUUUCUGAGCGGGCGUUACCAAGACGUUCCACAUCUCCUGUCAUUGGGAGCCCCCCUGUCAGAGCAGUCCCAAUAGGCACUCCACCUAAGCAGAUGGCUGUACCCAGCUUUAACCAGCAGAUUCUUUGUCCGAAACCCGUUCAUGUUCGUGCCCCAAUGCAACAGCGAUAUCCUGCUCCCUAUGGCGAGAGGAUGUCUCCAAACCAGCUCUGCGGUGUUGCGAACUCUUCUCUUUUGGGCCACCCAUUCCCUCCCAGUGUCACACCUGUUCUCAGCCCCAUUCAGAGAGCACAGCUUCUAGGAGGAGCACAGCCUGGACGGAUGUCUCCUAGCCAAUUUGCUCGUCUCUCUGGAUUUGUGAGCAGUCCCCUUGCUUCCAUGAAUCCCAAGUUGCUUCAAGGACGGGUUGGGCAGAUGAUUCCCCCAGCUCCCGGCUUCCGUGCCUUCUUUGGCGCACCUCCACCAGCUACACCACCCCCAGCCCAACAGCAUCCCUCCUGCCCAGGACCUCAUCUACAAAACCUAAGACCUCAGUCCCAGAUGUUUAGACCAGACACGACUCAUCUUCACCCACAGCACCGUCGACUCUUACAUCAGAGACAGCAACAGAAUAGAAAUCAACAUCGAAGUAUAAAUGGUGCAGCUGGAGAUCGAGGUCACCGGAGCAAUCAUCAGGAACAGCUACGAAAGGACCCAUAUGCCAACCUUAUGUUACAACGAGAAAAGGAUUGGGUUUCAAAGAUCCAGAUGAUGCAAUUACAAAGCACUGAUCCCUACCUAGAUGAUUUUUAUUACCAGAAUUACUUUGAGAAACUGGAGAAACUCUCAGCAGCUGAGGAAAUACAUGGAGAUGGCCCCAAGAAAGAACGUACCAAGCUGAUCACUCCCCAAGUGGCAAAGCUGGAGCAUGCCUACAAGCCAGUGCAAUUUGAGGGCUCUUUGGGAAAGCUUACUGUCUCUAGUGUGAAUAAUCCUCGGAAAAUGAUUGAUGCUGUGGUAACAUCCCGGAGCGAAGAUGAUGAGACCAAAGAGAAACAAGUUCGGGACAAGAGACGAAAGACUCUCGUUACAAUUGAGAAAACAUACAGUCUGCUCCUGGAUGUGGAGGAUUACGAGAGGCGCUAUCUUCUGAGCCUGGAAGAGGAGCGGCAAGCACUGAUUGAGGAGAGAAAGCAGAAGAUUAGUGACAUGUACGAUAACCUGAGGGGGAAAUUGCCUGGGCAAGAGAGACCAAGUGAUGACCACUUUACACAGAUCAUGUGUAUCCGUAAAGGGAAGAGAAUGGUUGCCCGAAUUCUUCCUUUCUUGUCCAAAGAGCAGGCAGCUGACAUCCUCAUGGCAACAGCCAGGAACCUGCCCUUUCUGAUCAAGAAGGAUGCCCAAGAUGAGGUUUUACCUUGCUUAUUGAAUCCCUUCUCCCUUCUCCUUUAUCAUCUUCCAUCAAUGACUGUCACCAGCCUUCUGCAACAGCUAAUGAACCUACCUCAAAGUGCAGCUGCACCAGCACCCGCCAACCCACACCUCACUGCUGUGCUCCAGAACAAGUUUGGCCUGUCACUGCUCUACCUGGUCCUGAGCCGUGGAGAAGAGCUGCAGAGUUCAGACUCAUCUACAGAGUUAAUGCAGGACAACCAGUGGACAGAGUUGAUGUUCAUGGCCACGAGAGAGCUCCUGCGGAUUCCCCAAGCAACGCUGGCUAAACCCGUCUCCACACCUACAAACCUAACAUCCCUUUUUUCUCGUUAUGUUGACCGACAGAAACUGAACCUGCUUGAGACAAAAUUGCAGUUGGUUCAGGGGAUACGGUAAAAGAGCUCUGGACGCCCCUGUGUCUCCAGGUGGCCCACCAUCUGCACUGCUGCCAUCACCAUUGGAGUGUUUUCAGUCGGGGACGGAAGGUGGCUCCUUCCCCAAAGCAAAGCCUUGUGGGAUUGUUUCUCAUUGAUAACUGGUAUUUGGAGACAGCCCUGCUCUCCUGCCUCCUCCUCACCGCUCGGGAAACUUGGCUGGCUCUGACUUUUGCUGGUUUCUUCUCCUUGCUACUAGGUCACAAUUCUGCAUGUCCUGCCCUGCCCUGCCCCCAAUUCUUUUUAACUUCACAGGGAUUUUUUGGCUACAGUCACAGAUGUAAUCUCUUUAAUCUGACAUUUUCCCAUCAUUCAUGCUGAGAGUAAAUUAUAUCCCACCAAAAAUAUUCCUCCCCCUGCCCUGUUUGAUGCUUUGCCCUUAUUAACAUAACAAGACUCUAGGAGGGGACAUUAGAUAGAAGUCCUGAUAUUUGUCUCGCCUCCAGAGUCCCAAAGGCGUGAUGUGAUGGCUUGGAAGAAAAUCUUUGGUUGGGCUCUUGACCCUAGUCUGUCUAACCAGCAGCCGGCUGGCGCAUGGGGAGUGUGGCUACUCCAUCCCGAAAUCUAACUGGCCGAUCGCCCUUCAUGCUAGCUGAUACUGUACGGGCAUCCGACCCAGAGAUGAGUCAUCGAGCAAUGCCCUGUCUUUAGGUGCCCAACUCUGCUCAGAAGUCCUCCUUCGUCUCCCCCCUUCUCCGUCUGCUCCUCGGUCGUGUAUUCGCUGUGCAAACAGCACGCCUUUAGUUCUUCUCAUCCUCCCUGAAACCAUAAGAGAAAUGAGUGGAUGCUUUCUAGCCCCUUCCUUGAGAGACUGCUGCCCAGGAUGACCGACUCCCUCCCGUAGUCUGCAUUAGCAGUGUAGGGUCCUAACGGCACCUCUUUGCACCUUUACCUACCCUGUCUUCCUGGGUAUGCUUUAGAAAGCUCACCUGUGGCUUUUCUCGAACCCUUUUUCAUUCAGUCCUUAAUGGGUAAAGGCCCUACACUGCAACCAUGGAUUCUGAGUUUGACAUGGUCCUCCCUUCUCUCCCCUCCCUCCUGCCUCCAGGUAGAACUGCUGUCCCUGCUUCGUUUCACUCAAGUCCCGUUUCCCAGAUAACUAUGGGGCCUGGAUUUGAAGCCCAGCUGGAACAGCCCCUUCAUUGCCCCCAUUUCCUUAACAAAAUUCACCAGGGGGCCUGGGUUUUAUCCCCAGCGGGCACAGCCCCCCGGACAAUUUAAUCUGAUGAAUUUUCCUAAACAUCCAAUACUGUUUCCCAUUGUUCGCACCUUUGGAAUGUGGAGAGGAGAGGUUCUUUAAUUUAAGAUGAACAUUUUGCACAUGUAUGUAUUGUACAACCAGUGAAAUCCUCCGUUAGAAGCAGCCUCUCUUCCAUCGCUCUUGGUUCACAUGUCUCCCCUCAUCCAGCCCCCACUUCUUUACGAACCAUUCCUUCCCUCACUAACAUCCAGCUUUCCCCAACCAUCACUUAUGGAACAUUUCUGCCCAUGCGCCUUCCUUCCCCCCUCACUGCUGAUCAAGUGGACAUUUCAUUCUUUUUUUCCUUCCUGCGCUUUUACUUUUUUUGUUUG